AUGAAGCUGACCCUUGCCACCGCUGUGCUCGCGGCCGCUCUCGCCGAGGCGCAUUACACCUUCCCCAGCGUCGACGACUCGGCCGACUGGCAAUAUGUCCGGACGACGACCAACUACCAGAGCAACGGCCCCGUGACGGACGUCACCUCGGACCAGAUCCGGUGCUACGAGCGCGACCCGGGCACAGGCGCCCCCGAGACCUACUCGGUCACGGCCGGCAAGGUCCUCAACUACAACGCCAAGGCCUCCGUCUCCCACCCGGGCCCCAUGGCCUUCUACAUCGCCAAGGUCCCCGAGGGCGAGACCGCCGCCACCUGGGACGGCUCGGGCGAGGUCUGGUCCAAGAUCUACCAGGAGAUGCCCGAGUUCGGCGCCAGCAUGACCUGGUCCAGCGACGGCGCCAAAUCCAUCCCCGUAACCAUUCCCAGCUGCCUGUCGGACGGCGAGUACCUGCUCCGGGUGGAGCACAUCGCGCUGCACAGCGCGGGCAGCGCGGGCGGCGCGCAGUUCUAUCUCAGCUGCGCGCAGCUGUCCGUCACGGGCGGCAGCGGCUCGUGGAGCCCCAAGAGCAAGGUCGCCUUCCCCGGCGCCUACUCGGCCACCGACCCGGGCAUCCUCAUCAACAUCUACUACCCCGUGCCGACGAGCUACACGCCGCCGGGGCCGGCGGUGGAGAGCUGUUAG